CAUCACAGAUACCAGGGGAGGGUUAUGUGAGCCAACUGACUCUAUUGCCAUCAGAUAACCAAACUGGAUUAUAUACAUGUGCAGUUCGUGAAGAUGGUGUAUUCACAGUACUACAUGCUUUCAUUCUAAUAUUACAUGCUGUUAAAAUAGAACAUUUUGCUGAAGAAGUAGAAGUUAUGGGAUUGGAGAUAUUUCUGAUAUUUGUACCAAUAAUGUUGAUUGCAUGUAUAGCUGCUGCAGUUGUCAAUCGUCUCAGGUCAUUGAGAAAAGAAAAAAUGCAAAUUGUAAAAAAGACACUUGAAGAUGAAUUUCAAAACUCCAUGAGCAAAUUACCAUUGAUUGAAAAUUCUGGACAAGAUGGACCAGCAGACAAAGAUCCAAAUGAGUUAACUGAUGAACUAGACACAACCAGACAAACUGAUGACCUUGAAACAACUGGUGUAACUGAUGACCUUGACACGACUGGUAAAACUGAUGACCUUGACACGACUGGUAAAACUGAUGACCUUGAAACAACUGGUAAAACUGAUGAGAUUGACACAACAGGACCUAUAGAUGAACAGGAUAUAGAUGAUGACUAUGAAAGACUAAUUAUUCCGGAAUCUCAAUUAAAGAUGAAAUCAUCUACACAAAAUUCAGGACCUGAAAUGGAAGGUAAAGGCAAAUAUUCUAUGUCAAACUUUCAAGGAAAUCUAUUUGAGAAAAUGUGGCAAGCAAAAAUCGGCGAGUGGCAAGAUAAAAAAGAAAAAUUAAGAGAAGAGGGCAAACCAAUCUUUGAGAAACCAGCAGAAGCACAGCCAAAACUUUCAAAAGGUUCUGUACGUUGGUCCACAGUUGAAAUUCCUCCAGAAAAGGCUUUUCCAAGAUCAUCACAAAUAAUUAGAAAACAUCAUUCAGCACCAAACCAACCAUUAACCAAUGAGAGUCGCCCAAAUAUUUCUGGUGCCACACGGGCCAAAAGUUUGCCACAUCAAUCUUACAGAUCAAGGACUUCACAACAACAACCAAAACCUUCAAAUGCAUCUUUUGGACCAUCUAAUUCACAUAUGGCUAGAAAACAAUCAUCUAAGAUGGUGUCGAGUGAUCCACCAUAUGCAACUGUAAGUCAGGAAAUGUUAGAUUCAGCAGCUCAAUUGUAUAGAAAACAAUUAGAAGGUGAUCAGCAUACUAGUCGAACAACAAAGAUUUCACCAGAAGGCCCAUCUUCCAGUAGCCAACAAUCAGUAAGGAAUCUAUAUGCUACUGUUACAAGGCAAAGUGGUGAAAGACUUCCACCUCAACAACCUCAAGCGCCUCCCCCUCCUCCAACGCCUCCUUUACCACCUAAAACUUGGGAUAUGUCAGCAGCUCAUCCAAGUACUUACCAAUUGAUGAUGGAUCAUUAUGCUAGACUACGGAUGGAGGCAAUAGCUUCAGCGGAACAAUUGGGAGGUGAUCAGCAGGAUAGAAGAAUUUUAGAGAUGUCAAAGAGAGAUCCAUCAGACAUAAUUCCUCCUGGUAGUCGACAAUCAGGAAAUCAUCAAAAUGAUUUGAAUGCAUGGCAGAGUGGGGGGAAUCUUCCACCAUACCCACCUCCUGCACCACCACCGCCACCACUUCCCCCUGGAGUUCGACAAUCAGAAAAUGAUCAAUAUGGUUUGACUACAUGGCAGAGUGGGGGAAGUCUUCCACCACCCCCACUACCCCCAACUCCGCCUCCACAACUUCCCCCUGGUAUUAGACAAUCAAGAAAUGACCAAUAUGAUUUUGAGGCAUGGCAAAGCAGAGGAAGCCUUCCACCAUACCAACUUCCUGCACCACCACCACCUCCGCCACCGCCUCCCCCUCCCCCUGGAAUUCGUCAAUCAGGAAACGAUCAAUAUGAUUUGACUACAUGGCAGAGUGAAGGAAGCUUUCCACCACCCCCACUUCCCCCGACUCCACCUCCACAACUUCCCCCUGGUAGUAGACAAUCAAGAAAUGAUCAAUAUGAUGAUAAUGCAUGGCAGAGCAGGGGAAACCUUCCACAAUACCAACCUCCUGCUCCACCACCACCUCCGUCAUUUCAAAGACAGGAUAUGUUACCACCCCAGCAGUCAAUAAAUAAUCAUAAUGCCAGAUUGAAGAUGGAGGCAAACAAGUCGACGCAACAUUUAGGAGGUAAUGAGCAAGUUAGAAAUAGUUCACAGAUUUCAGACUUUGUAAUUUCUCACAGCAGCCCGCAAUCAGUGAACGAUUGGAAUGCUAGUAAUGCAAGGCAGAGUGUUCAAAGACUUUCGCAACCCCCAACAGAAAGUCGGGAUAUGUUAGCACCUCAUCUUAGUAGUCAGGAGUCAGUACAGGAUUAUAAUGCUAGAAUGCAGAUGGCUGCAAAACUUUCAUCACAACAAUUAGUAGGUGAUCAGCGUGCUAGAAAAAUAUCUCCGAUUUCAUCAAAAGGUUUGUCAGAUUUCACAUCAUCUCCUUGGAGUCAACAAUCAAUAAAUGAUCAGUAUGCUAUGCAUACAAGACAGAGUAUUGAAAGACCUCACCCAACAGAAAGUCAGGAUAUGUUAGCACCUCAUCUGAGUAGACAGCAGUCAAUAGAAAAUCGUAACUCUGGAUUGCAGAUGGAAGCACAACAUUCAUCUCAACACUCAGGAGGUGAUAUGCAUGCUAGAAAAAUAUCACAGAUUUUACCAAAAGGUUUGUCAGAUUUCACAUCAUCUCCUAGGAGUCAACAAUCAGUAAAUGAUCAUUAUGCUAUGCAUGCAAGACAGAGUAUGGAAAGACCUCACCCAACUGAAAGUCAGGAUAUGUUAGUACUUCAUCUAAGUAGACAGCAAUUAAUAGAGAAUCAGCAGUCUGCUAGAUUGCAAAUGGAGGCAAAGCAUUCAUCUCAAUCAGGACAAUCAACAGGAGGAAGCAGAACAUUACAAAUGACAGGAAGUUUCAAGUCGCAUCCAAGUGAAAGUGAGGCUCAUUCAACAACUCAUAUGGGUAAGAGACAGACAUCAGAUGAUCAAUAUUCUAGUCAUACAUCUAACAUGGUAAGACAACAUCCAUCAUAUCAAAAUCAAGGCCAAAAAUUUUUAGACCCAUCUGAAAAUCCUGCUAGUAAAACAUCACAGAAGGUGAAACGACGUUCAUCAAUUUCAUCCCAAGGUCAAGAAAUGUCCGAAACUAUUCAGACGGUUGGAAGUCAAAAAGAACAAAAUAUUCAGAAUGCAAGUAUAACUACACAGAUGGUUGACCAACAUUCAUCACAAGACAUAAAUAGUUCACUACGUCUCCAAUCAAACACUGGGUCACUUGUUAGCAAACCAAAGCAGACGACAACUCGCCGUUCAUCAACUUCUCCUCAACACCAAAAUGUCAGUAGCCAACUCUCAAGAGAUAGUCAGAAUGCAAGUUAUGCAAUGCAAAUGACUGGAGGGAAAACAUCACAUGGUACACAAAAUCUAACAGGGGAAACAAUUCAAGGAUAUCAAGAUAAUCUACAUACAAAGAAAUCAUCACAAAUGGCUGCAAGACGUCUGUCAGAUCCUACACAGAAGGUUGCCGUCUCAAAUUUACAAACAAGUCAAAAAGGAGAACAAAUUCCAGAUAACCAAUACAGUUCUAGAAAUUCAAUGUAUGCUGCCAAAGGACAUAUGUCAGAUCCUACUCAUAGUCAGACUCGCUCAGAAUCACAAAGAAGAGAAUUAGAGGAGGAUAUUCAGUAUAUUAGCAAAAAUUCAUAUGCAGUGUCCCGAUCUCCACAAAAAAACCUACAAAUGGAUAGACGUUCUUCAGAGACUAGAUCAUAUGAAAGUUUCCCGCCACCACCUUCCAGCUGGACACUUAUUUCUAAAGAUUCAAGCAUUGAAACAUCACCUUCGAAAAAUGAUUUUAAUAACAAAGCAAUUCCAUAUCAAGGGCCAUUAUCUGGUCAAAGAGCUACAUUACAUAGAUCGCCACCAAGGAUUUUGCCUCCUCAACGUCGUGCAUCAUUGACUUCUGAUACCUCACCUCUGCCAGAAGUUUUGAGAUCUCCACCAAAGAAGUUAUUGUCUCCAGCGAUGGAAUCUUCAUCUGAUAGGUCAGAAUCUCUUCAAGAUGAUGUUAGCUUUGGGUCACCAUCAAGGAUGCUUUCAUUUUCUCAUCAGGAAAUGUCUUCACCAGACAAAUUGAGGUCUAGACAGGAUGUUUCAGGAUCUCCACAAAAAGCUACAUCAGCUGCACGCAAUUUACCAUCUUCACACGAAAAAAUAAGCUCUACACAGAAUGUUUACGAAUCUUCACAGAGUGCUACAUCAGCCCAACGCCAUUCAACAUCAUCCCAGGAAAAAGUAAGAUCUAAACAGGAUGUUCAUGUAUCUCCACAGAAAGCUGCAUCCUCCCGCCGCCAUUUAACAUCUUCUGAGGAAAAAAUCAGGUCUUCACAAUAUGUGUCACCACAAAAAGCUGCAUCAGCCCCAUACAAUGUACCAUCUUCAGCGGAAAAUAAAAGGUCUAUACAAGAUGUCUAUGGAUCUCCACAAAAAUAUGCAUCAGCCUCACACUAUCAACCAUCUUCCCAAGAAAGUAUGAGAUCUUUAAAGGACGCUUCCGGAUCCAAAUUAGCAGCUUCAUCUCCACAUCAUGCACCGUCUUCAGCAGAACAAAAUAGGUCCACUCAGGAUGUUUAUGGGUCUCCGCAAAAAGCUGCUUCUCAUUCAAGUCGUGUACCAUCUUCUAAUGAAAAUAGGUCUUUACAGGACAUUUUAAGAUCUCCUGAAAAAGCAGCAUCAGAUCCUCGCUAUACACCAUCUUCAACAGAAACAAUCAGGUCUAUACAGGAUUUCCAUGGAAGUCCACACAAAGUUGCAUCUAACCCAAGCCGUGUACCAUCAUCUGUGGCUACAAAUAGGUCUAUUCCGGAUGUUUAUGGAUCUCAGCAAGAAAUUCAAUCUUAUCCAAGCCCUGUACCAUCUUUAUCAGACAAAAUUAGGUCUAUAAAUGAUGUUUAUGGAUCUCCACAAGGUGCUGCAUCUUAUGGAAGCCGUGUUCCAUCUUCACCGGACAAAAUACGAUCUAUACAAGAUGUUUAUGGAUCUCCACAAGAAGCUGCAUCUUAUGGAAGCCGUGUACCAUCCUCACCGGACAAAAUUAGGUCUAUACAAGAUGUUUAUGGAUCUCCACAAGAAGCUGCAUCUUAUGGAAGCCGUGUACCAUCCUCACCGGACAAAAUUAGGUCUAUACAAGAUGUUUAUGUAUCACCACAAGAAGCUGCAUCUUAUCUAAGCCGUGUUCCAUCUUCACAGGACAAAAUUAGGUCAACACAAGAUGUUUAUGGAUCUCAGCAAGAAAUUGAAUCUUAUCCAAGCCAUGUUUCAUCCUCUCCAGACAAAAUAAGGUCUAUACAGGAUGUUUAUGGAUCUCCACAGGAAGACAGUGUUCCAUCUUCACAGGACAAAAUUAGGUCAACACACGAUGUUUAUAGAUCUCAGCAAGAAAUUGAAUCUUAUCCAAGCCAUGUUUCAUCCUCUCCAGACAAAAUAAGAUCUAUACAAGAUGUUUAUGGUUCUCCACAAAAAAUGUCUUCAUCCCAAGGCAGUGUACCGUCUUCAUUGGACAAAAUAAGGUCUAUACAGGAUCUGUCAGGUUAUCAACAUAAAGCUGCUUCAGUAAAAGAUGACAUAGGAGGGAAAUCCUAUAUUUCAGAUGACAAUAUAUCAGUACAUUCUAUAUUAUCUAUAACUCACAAAUCAACUACUAGUAAAUCAGAUUUGGCUUCUGUUCAAUCUAGAGGGAGCUUUACAGUGAAGUCUGGUGAAAGUGUUAAAUCAUAUGAUGACUUUAUUGACAAUGAUUCAAAUUAA